AGCUUUUUGUCGACAGAGAGGAUACGUCAAUUUUUCAUUCUGUGGAUGACAAUGACUAAAUGAGUUAUUUUAAACAAAAUCGCACAGUUUACAACAGAGUCUGAGACAUCGAUCACCGAAAAAUGAGAACUUGUUAAUCAGUAAGAAGAGUAAGUCACCGCAUAAUGGCCGGGGCAGAUCAAGUUUUGAAGCAGGCUUUGAGUAAGUACAAGUACGCAGACAUUGCUAGGAGAGAUGUGACAAAUGCUAUGACCCAAUUCAAAGAUUUACGGCCGAGCCAUGACUCGUUUAUAUUUAAUGAUGGCAACAGAAAAGAACUCCUGAACUUGGAUGGCACCAUACCUGUCACAUAUAAAGGUAGUAUUUACAACAUUCCCAUCGGUAUCUGGAUCCUGGACACCCACCCCUAUAACCCUCCCAUGGUGUUUGUCAAACCAACCAGUGCAAUGCAGAUCAAGCCGGGGAGAAAUGUGGACACCAACGGGAAGGUAGACCUACCAUACCUACGUGACUGGCGAUAUCCCCAGUCGGAUCUGUUGGGACUGAUACAGAUUCUGGUUAUUGUGUUUGGAGAGGAACCCCCAGUGUUCUCUAGGCAAUCUCAGAUGGCCCAGUCCCGACCCCCCUACCCCGGGGCCAGCCAGUAUCCUGGUCAGGCCCCCUACCCGAUGCAAGGGAGCAGUUUCCCCAUGCCCAUGCCUGACAGUAUGAAUCAGCCCCCAGGAUAUUCCCAGUACCCCAGCAGCAGUACUCCAUACGGGGGGUCAGGGUUCUCCGGAUAUCCUGGGCCAGCGUCUUCAGGGUAUCCUGGCUACCCCACCCAGAAUUACCCCCUACAGUACCCCACUAGUACCAACCAAUAUGGAGGAGGAUCAAACCUUCCCUACCCACAAUACACCACUCCAGGAACUAACACAGUGACAUCUAGUGCUCAGCCUGGGAGUACCAGCACAGUGACAGAGGAACAUCUCCGGAUGUCCCUGCUCUCGGCCGUCGAAGACAAAAUGAAAAGGAGGCUUCGAGAAAUGUUUGAACAAGCACAGGCAGAGAUGAACGUUCUACACAAAACACAGGCUGACCUUGUCAAGGGCAAAGAGAAGCUGGAGGUCAUGGUCAAAGAGCUGGAAAAUGAAAAGGUGGAGAUAGAAAACAACAUCAAACUCUUACAAGACAAAGAUCAGGAGGUGAAGGAAGUCUUACAGAAGCUUGACAACCAAGACAAACUGGACAUAGAUGAGGCCGUUGUGACAACUACCCCACUGUACAGACAACUACUGAACUCCUUCGCCGAGGAGCAGGCUAUAGAGGACGCUAUCUACUAUCUGGGCGAGGCACUCCGUAAGGAUGUCAUUGACCUUGACGUCUUCCUCAAGCAAGUACGAGAGUUAUCUAGGAAACAAUUCUUCUUAAGAGCCUUGAUACAGAAAUGUCGAGAGAAAGCAGGACUUCCUCCAAUGGCAUGAACGCCUAUCAGUCUUCUGCGUGGAGUGGACGACAUAAUUGCUGAACAAAUCAAGGAGUGACCAGUCUGUGUUAGAUUUCAUCGGACUCCUAGUUGUGACUGUUUCUCAAGGGGAUUUUGGAGAUAGACACCAUUUUGAUUUUUCAUACACUGCUAGAUUUUAUUUAUGAAUGUUUGCAAUUCAGAAGGAAUUAUUUUUUUCAAAUCUCUGCUCAUCAGAAAUGAGGUUAUUAUACAUGUGCAUCAUUCUCAUUUAUUGAAGUCUGUAUGAUGGAAAAUUGAACGGAAAGACAUGAUUAUAGAUUUGGAUGGUAAACAACUGAUUAUUUAUAUAAAAUGAACUUUUAUAGACAGGGUUUAGAUAUUUAAAUAUAGACAUGUUUUAUCCAAGUAUAAGAAACUAAAACGAUUAACCCUCUAAUUUUCUGAUGUAUGUCUAAUGGAAAGUAAGUACCGUAUUUAUUUGUUUUGUCAGGAAAAAAAAUACAGCACUAUUUUACACUGUUACACAAAUUACCAAAUAGCUUAUUUUGGUUUUUUUGAUAAGUUGUUGUUUGACUACAAGAUGGCAGUGCAUUGUAUAUUGAACUUGUGUUCAACAUCUCCAACACUUGUAAAACCAGCUAUCAAUUUUUUAUGGCAUUUGCAUUAUAACAUGGAUGUGAAAUGAAAUUUAUUUAUGAUUAAACAUUGGGCUAACUCCCAGUGGAUUGAAUUUGUCCUCUUUGUCCUCUGAGGUUCUGAUCUGUUACUCAUGAUAUUUAAGGUUUGACUGCGGACAUAAUGACAUGAUGACGUCAUGGUUAUUGUUGACGCAGACAAAAUGGUGUUUGUCUACCGUGGAUGUAUUGUAGUAAUUGUUACUGUUAUGUUACCGUGUAAUAAUGACUGUGUAAAUAUUGACUCAUAAACAAAGGAAAAAAGUA